AUUAACGUCGCUCCUCGCGGAACACGCGCGAGGGAAAUUGAGUUGUUAACUUGAGUGUGAGGAAGGCAACAAAGAGUACAGUUAACUUAAAGUUAGGAAAUACGUAUAGUUUAUGCAGAAGUGUUGUCGUGUAGCAGCAGCACAGGUGAAACGUUCAGUCUGGUCGGUAUAAGAAACAUUAGCAGCUAAACUGAAGCCGCAAAGUGUCAGCGCGUGUGUUUUUGUUUUUAGUAGUGCACAUACUGGGCAAGCUAACGUUAGCCAGCUAGUCAAAAGGAGCUAACUUGCAACUUUAAUAACUUCGACGUGUAGAGCUGAGUCUUACUCUAAAGUAAAACCAUUUAAUUUGGUAUCUUGUUCCCACACGGAGAAGAGGACAGGUCGGUCGGUCGUAGCGACAUUAGCAGCCGUUGGGAAUGUCACUUCCUCCAAACGGACAUCAUGAUCGCUCAACGAACGUGUCAGACAGCGACUCAGAGGACGAGCCCAAGCUGCCCCUCAAUCAGUUCUACCCGUACAUCCGCUGCGCCCUGUGCUGUGGUUUCCUCAUCGAUGCCACCACCAUAACAGAGUGCCUGCACACAUUUUGCAAAAGCUGCAUCGUGAAGCACUUCUUCCACAGCAACAGGUGUCCCACUUGCAGCAUUGUAGUCCACCAGACUCAACCACUUUACAACAUCAGGCCUGACAGACAACUGCAGGAUAUUGUUUACAAAAUGGUUCCCUUCCUUGAGGAGGUUGUGAGGGAAGAUAUGUGUCACUUCUACAAAGAGAGAGGGCUGGAGGUGCCAAAACCAGUGAUGGUCUCCACUCCAGCUCCUGUUGUGUUAAAGAGGCAGAAGAAGGAUAACAUUCCCCAGUCAGUGUUCACUAUUCCUCCUGAGCUGGAUGUAUCUCUACUGCUAGAGUUUGUUGGGGCUGAAGAGGGCAUCAGCAACUAUAAGCCCUUAGAGAGGCCAUACGUACGAGUGUCGGGCGAGGCCACUGUUCGCCACGUGGAGCUCUUCAUCAGGAGGAAGAUGGAGCUGAGCCCAGCCUGCCAGGUGGAUGUGGUUUGUGGAGAUCACCUCCUAGAUCACUACCAGUUACUUAAAGACAUACAGAGCACUGUGGGCGACGAGGCACUACAGGAUGGUCUGUUGGUGCUGCACUUUGGCUUAGUCCUGCCCUCCCAGUCCUGAGAUCGAGGGGUGGAUGGAGUUAACUUCUAAGAAGAUGUGGAGUCAGGUUUUUACAUUGGCAAUAUUGCUACCCUACAACUGCCUUGGACUGUAAUUCUGCUUCUAAAACUUUUUUUGCAAAACCUAAGUGUAACAAGGAAACAUACUUGAUGGCUGAAGAAGACAGUUCAGGAACUCUAAACAUGGAUUUCUUUAUUGAAAAAUCAGAAAUGUAUUGACCUGAUUGUUUUAGUUCAUACUGUAGCAUCAAAUGUUCAACUCCCAAGAUCUUCUUCUUCUUGUAUUCAGGACAACUCCUGUGUCUGCUGUUAAUUUACUAGAUACAGGUGACAUAUAUCUGAAUUACUGAAGUGCCAGCAUUAAAUACAUUAAUUGUACCAGUUGAAUGUAACUAUGUAUUCCCACUGCCAAGGUGUCUUGUUAGGGUUUGUUAAGUGUGCUUCCUCUCCACACAAGAACACAACUGCUGCUGUAGCUAAAACUGGAUGGAAAAACUGUUUUUUUUGCUAUUUAUGACUUUGGGGAAGAUAUCAGAUAGAAAAUAUUGGUUCAAAGGGCUUAGAACAAAAGGACUACAACAACCAAAGGUUUGUCUGUGUGCAUAUAGAGUUUAGGUCUAUGAUAUACUAUUUUAAUGAUCGUCUGCGUCAAGUUGAUUCUAACCUUUUAAGUUAAGAGCUGUUCACUUUUGUUCAGACUGUCUGCUGAUGUAAAUAUAGUUGAUGAAACCUGUUUUUUCCGUACAACUCACCAGAGCACAAAAACCGUUAUUUAAAGGGAUUUUGUAUAAAGAAGUCUUUGGUAGAGAUUUACUGAAUAUAAUUUUCUUACUUGCUUUUGUCAGAAUUAAUUAAUAAAUGACUGAACAUC